AUGGGCGAGCAAUUCAGCUUCACUCUUAGCGGAUAUAAGCCCGACCAACCACGGUCUCACAUGCAAAAAACCAUUUUAGAGCGACGAAAAUCUGAAGAUACUCGGGAUCAGUUGGAGCCCCGCGUCGGAUCCGAUUGGGACGACGAAAUUCCGGAAGAGCAUUUCGAUAAAUGGCGCACCAUUUACCAUCAUCUUACCGAAUUGAAUAAUCUCGAGCUUCCUCGCUGGAUAGGAACCGACGCGACCGCGACUCUCUCGGAGAUUCACGGAUUCGCCGAUGCAUCGUCAGUCGCCUACGCCGCUGUAGUCUACCUUAAAACUGUCUCGAAAUCCGGCAAGAUCACGAUCUCGCUCUUAACAGCGAAAUCUAAAGUCGCACCCGUAAAACCUCUGAGCAUACCCCGACUCGAGUUGUCAGCCGCGGUCCUUCUGUCCAGGUUGAUCUGUUUUGUUCAAUGCUCGCUUCGAGUUGAGAUUUCGCGCUGUGUCUGUUGGACCGACUCGACCAUUGUACUCGCGUGGCUCAAGCAGCAUCCAUCACAGUGGAAAACAUUUGUAGCAAAUAGAGUCAGCGAAGUUCAGACUAACGUUCCGGCCGCAUCUUGGCGCCAUGUGCCAACGCAGGGUAAUCCUGCCGACUGCGCAUCGCGUGGAUUGCUCGGCAGGGACUUAAAAGGGUUCAAGUUAUGGUGGCAAGGUCCGAACUGGUUACGGUGUUCGCCGGACAAUUGGCCGACUAACGUCGCCACCGCUCAUUCCGAUGUAGAAAUGGAACACAAAAGAGUUGUGCAUUCCGCGAUCCCGCUCCCGGAAUGGGAUCUCAUAGAUAAAUUUUCGUCUUGGCUAAAGCUGAUUCGCGUUACCGCGUAUAUCCAAAGGUUCAUUAGUCGCUGUCGGGGAGUCGGAACAAAGAACUCAGCCUUGACCUCUCACGAAAUUCAACGCGCCAAAGUGUUUUGGCUUCAACACGUUCAAAGCACUUUGUUCUCCCAAGAACUUAACGCUCUAAAAAAUCAAUGUCAAAUCUCGAAGAAAAGCGCCCUUCUCUCACUUCACCCGUUCCUCGAUGAGGACGGGCUUCUGCGAGUCGGUGGGCGAUUAAAAAACGCCCCGAUUCCAUUCGCCACUCGACAUCCGAUCGUGCUCGCCUCGCACCCGCUCGUGAGUCUUCUCAUCCAACAUAUUCAUAUCCGGUCGCUCCAUGCCGGCUUGCAACUAACUCUAGCGACGUUGAGACGAGAGUAUUGGGUCGUGCGCGCUCGCACGGUCGUUAAGGCAAUCCUCUUCAAAUGUGUAACGUGCACCCGCGAAAAGGCGAGUUCUCCGUCCCAGCUUAUGGGAGAUCUUCCAGUGUCGCGCGUUACUCCACCCGCACGAAGCUUUCAGCACUGCGGCAUCGAUUACGCCGGUCCUGUGGUGGUUCGCACUUCUGGGGGCCGCGGCGUGAAAUCAAAAAAGGCCUAUAUCGCCUUAUUCGUUUGUCUCGCGAGCCGAGCCAUUCACUUGGAGCUGGUCGGCGAUUAUACGACCUCGGCGUUUUUAGAUGCAUUCUCGCGGUUCUGCGCUCGUCGAGGAUUGCCGGAAUCGAUGCAUUCUGAUAACGGUACUACGUUCGUCGGCGCUGAUCGAGAGCUGCAACGGGCGUAUCAGGCUGUGCUUCGCGAUCCCAACUUUCAGAACACUACCGCUUCCGAUCGUAUUACAUGGCAUUUUCUGCCUCCAUCCGCACCGCACUUCGGCGGAUUGUGGGAGACAGGGGUGAAGAGCGUGAAAUAUCAUCUCCGACGGGUUUUAAAGAGUGAUACGCUCACGUUCGAAGAGUUCUCCACACUGUUAUGCAGGAUUGAGGCGUGUCUUAACUCACGGCCCCUCGCGCCGAUCAAGGACACUCCGGACGAUUACAACACCUUAACCCCCGGACAUUUCUUGAUCGGCUCCGCGGUUAAUGUCAGUCCCGAGCCAUCCGUGUUAGACGUAAAUGAAAAUCGGUUGUCCCGUUGGCAACGAGUUCGGCAAUUGACGGAGGGAUUUUGGUGCCGAUGGCAAGACGACUACAUCAAUACUUUACAGCAACGCAGUAAAUGGAGAACGUUGCAAUCUCCAGUGAAAGUCGGGCAGUUCGUGUUGUUGAAAAAUUCCACGCUUCCACCCUGCAAGUGGGAGCUCGGGCGAAUCACUCAGUGCCAUACCGGAGCCGACGGACUUGUCCGCGUAGUUACCGUCAAGACCGCCGGCUCUGAGUUUAAGCGACCCAUCGUCAAAAUCUGCUGUCUUCCCGUCGACAUCGAGAAACAGUAA